AUGUGCAGGUGCUUCCAGACCUACCUGCUCUUCAUUUGGUUCUUGGGCCUCAAGGGUUUGAACGUUGCUCCUGAUCACCUUUGCCAUUCUGAACUUUGCCAUCAUUCGGCCAACUGCGAAGAGGUCGCUCAGAAGGAAACGCGCUGCGGCUCGUUUCCAUUGGCAUCUACAUCGCUUGGGGCUGAGGAUUUUGUCAACUGCUCAGCUGGCAUCUAUCAGAAGCACAUUGGCAGCGCAUCACAGCAAGGACCCGAGACUUCUUCGCCGUAUCAGUGCAGAGAUGUCCAACAGAAACCAGGACAAUGGUGGUUGGAUGUGCGGCAAUUGCAAGAAGCUCAGGGCCAAAAAUGCGUGGUUCUGCGACCUAUGUCGACAUCACGAAGAGCUUACUGGACCGAGCCGUAUCAAGCUCCGUGGGGACAAGAUCAUGGAGAGAAAAGUCCGAGGCAGCAUCCAAAAAAGAAUCGAGGCAGGGGAAAGGGCAAGCACAAGGAUCGUUAUCCUGCGCAGCAAGCGCCACUUGCACCGCCUCCACCGCCACCGAUAGCUGGACCGGAUGGACAACAGCCACCAUGGAUGAGCAUGCCAUUGCCACCUGGUGUCUCGACCUCUUCUGCCUCGACAUUGUCACCUGCCGAGCAGAAAUUGAAGGAGGUCUCUACUUUGCUGAAGAAGGCCAAUCCGGAAAAUCUCACACCAGAAUUGCAACAGUUUGUGGCGGACGAAACAAAAGCGGCGACAAAGAAGGAUGCGAAGACCCUUUACACUGCAGUGGAUGCUCUGACCAAAGCACGCGAGGAGUUGGACACAGCACUCCUAGCAAGGAGCAACCUGAUGGCACAGUGGAGAGCCUUUCUCACCAUGUCCUUGGAAAGAUUCAGACAGUACACGGAUCACUUCCAGAAUCAGGAGAAGGCACAUCAGGAGAACAUCCAGCUGGCCAAGGAGACCCUGCAGAAGGCGAAAGCAGACUUCAGUUCCAAGGAGGAGGCAGCGACAGUGAUCUCGGACGAAGAAACCGAGUCAAAGGAUGCCUCAACCAAGGAGUCCGCCGGCAAGAUACUGGAGGGAUUGAAUCACAUGACAGCAAGUUUGCAAAAGCUUUCCGAGCAAGUCGAGAAGGACCAAGCAGAAGAGGAACGGAAAGCAAAGAGACCUCGAGAAGGAGAGAAGCCAGACAUUGCAAUGCCAUCAGGCGAUUUGCCCUCAAUGCAGCCUUUUGGUGAGCCCACCUACAAAUCGCCCUGGCAGGCAAGUGAGGACGCGAUGCAACUGGCCUUCAUGAUGCAGCCUACUUCCUGGACCACCAGCAGAGUUCCUACUGCUGAAGUUUCACAACGAGAUUGGUUGCCGAAGAGCAGCGCGUUCUCACAAUCCCUUUGCAUUGAUUUUGAUGACAGCAUGUCAUCGCCAUCCCUUUUGACUCCGUCGAGCUCUACACCAAUGAUGCACAGACCAGACCCGACGGAAAAUCCAAAUCUUCCUGAUCCACCUAGUUCAUCAGAAGGAUCAGAUGGCCGAGAUCGACAAGGAAGAGUUCCAUUGAGAUACCUUCCAGCAUGGGUGGAGACAUUGUGGAACAUUCUUCAAGACGAAGGUGCAACAGAGCUACUUGAAGAAGGCCCAGUGAUCUAUUUGACCACCUACUAUCUCAGCCAUCGCAACUGUGUUCGACAGGCAGCUGAUCGCCCAAUCCGCCUGACGCGCAGAUAUGAUGAAUGGAUCGAAGAAUUCAAACAAGUAUGGGGCGACCUCUUUGACAGAGCGGCUGACUUUGACCUCUACCUGGUGCAGCCGGAACCCCCUAUCUCCAUUACAAGAGGAAUAGUCGGCAUCGUCCUCAUCGUCCAGCAUGCGCAACCAGGAAGGGCAGCGGUUUUAACAACUGCACUCUUUGAUGAGCUGCCCACCCCAAGAACGCUAGAGAUAGCGCACAUUGUUGACAUCUGGGCUGACUAUGCCACGGCCUUGCAUCGAGCAGAAGCCUUCGAAGCAUGUCGAGAAGCUGAACGCCAAGAUCUUCGACCAUGUGUCCUACGUGCUGGUCGCCAUGUUUUCCCCCGGGAACGUCCAAUUCGAAUGCACAAUGGUCUUGGCCUGGUCGUCAAUGUCCCCAUGCUCAUCAAUGAAGAGGAGUGGAAUUAUUAUAUUCGCCCUCGAAUGGAACAAUGGGCUGAUGCUGACGAUAUUCUACAGCCUGAGCAACAUGAAGAAGCGGACCAUGCGGCUAUGAUGGCACGAAGACCGUACAGAGUGGUUCCCACAUCGUCAAGUUCGUCCACAUCAGCCGCGGCAUCAACCACACGCUCCAGAAGCAGGGAACCAUCAAGUGGAACAAGUACCUGGUUGAGAUCGGUUGUGUUCACUUCUGAUGGUCAUGCUGUACCAUGUCUGCUUCCUGAAGAUCAACAUCAAGAAUUUCUUCGCAGAAUUGCAAUAGCUCUUGAGCAAGAAGAGAUUGCUGAGACCUUCACGGUCUUAGAUCGCCCUGAGGAUUUGGUGGCGGUCGAUCUACAAUGUAUCCUGGCGCUCCGCAGUGGAGAGAGACGUCCCAUCUCGUUUUUGCGGUUCACGCUGCUCGACCUGGAGAUCAUUGAAACGAAUGAGGUCCUUCCUGGAGCAUUUCGAAGAUUGGCCAAAUGGUUACCACAUACCACGACACAAACAUCAUUAUUCCGGCUCCUCUGCAUUGAUGAUGUGGUCCGACGCCAUCGAGACAAAACACAUCUCUGGAUCAAUAACAAUGCGGUUGACCCUCAACAGGACGGCCCCUUCAUGCUUGAGGAUGGUGAUUACGUGAAAGUCUUCAUUGGAGAUGAUGAUCAACGUUUCCAUUGUGAUGCGACCACUGAUGAGGCAUCCCUUCUACAGGGCCCUGGCAUUCGACAGUCAAAAGUCGGUGAGAAGCAUGUGGCCCCAUCUGAUCGCCUUGACAUCUGUGGGAGAAGGCCUGGACGUAGGCACAGGACUCCUGGUCCGUUGGCAACUGAAACAGUUGAUCCGGAGCAUCGCAGACUUCAAGAAAUUUGGAACCGACCACAUCUCCAGUCUUUGGGAACAAGAAACGAGCCCAUCAUGUACUUUGAGACGUGGUUCUUGAGUGCGUUAGAUUUCCCGAGAGACUCUAUGAUAAUGGCCCUUGGCGUGCGGAGACUGGACAACAUAUUGAGAUCCAUGUCAAGAGACGCCCUGAGCACGGUCCAAGUGUUGCAAAUCCGUCCACCAGCCCAUGGAGACCUGCGCCACCACAGCAUCUACAGCCCACAAGCUCAAUUGAUGACUUUGUAUUGGAUACCAACGGCACCACCCUUUGUUCCAGGUGAAGCUCCGUUGGAGACUAUGCCAGAAGUCAUCCAAGAUCUACAUGAAGAAUGGACGAGAACUGCAAUGACAUGGCAAGGAGAACAAGCCAGUGCGGAAAUUGUGACAUGGUUCGUUGACCAGCAAGACCCUCAACAGCGAGUUUGCUGGCAUCCUCGCAACCUACGUCUCACGUCCCAAUUUACAAUGUGGGAGCACAGCAUCUGCACACUUUGGCGCGAUCGAAUCCUUGCAGGUGCACAAUUGGAGAUUGUUUUGGUACAACCAAGACCUCCCCAACAAGCUGUCACUGUUGCGGCCCAUGUCAUUGUCAUCCAACGACCACAACCUACAGUGGUGACAAGUCUGAUCACUGUCUAUGACAACACGAUCAAUCAGCCUGAACCCAUAUGGCAACUUGCGCUCACCACAUGGGAGCAUAUCUUCCUGGAGCAGUUCAUCCACAGUUUGGGGCUCACCUAUCGCUGUUUGAUGGCAGGUGCGGAUAGACAAUGCGAUGGCUGGUAUGGAGCGUACAGACUCAUCCUGGGACGACCUCUGCAAGGUCGCGAUGGUUAUGGCAUUGUUCUACUACUGUCUGAAAGACCACAUGCAGCACCAGCGCAGCAUGUUGCCAUGAUCCAGACACGGGUCAGACUUAGACCUGCAAUUGCAACCAUGAAUGUGGAGGAGCCAGAUCUGACGGAGCCAUCACUGACACCGAUUCCCCUUUCAUUGGCUCAACUGAUCCCUGAGAUUGAAGUGGUGAAGGUGAAAGCGGCUGACCAUCAUCAGCCGAUGCCACAGUUCAUUGAGAUCCCCAAGAACUCCGAUGAGUUAGGUGUCACUGAGGAGCUUGCUCAUUGGGGACUGCGAAGCCCAGUCUUCAGAUUUGGUAUCCGUGGCGACUAUCUCUACUUCAAUGCUGAGGAGACUCAAGGUGAAUUCAAUAUCCACUACAUGUUAUGCCACGAUGAUGUACAAGAUGAGAACGGUUCCAUUCUCCACACGUCGGACAGAACCCUUGAUGACAAGGAUCUCAUGAGGCUUCUCCACCGAUUGGGCUAUGAACGGGCUGUGGUCCUCUCAACUGAGAUGCUUCUUCCCAGCCUAUGUAGAGUCCGAUUUUGGAACUGUACUCCAACUGCAGCUGGUGAUGACCGCCCACCACGGACCAGAACUUCGUGGCCAAGCCGAGCGGUUACCUCGUGGACACCGAGCCCAAUGUUUCCCGCCUGCGAUGUCAAUGCUGCGCUGCCUGCUUCAUGUCAGGCUAUUGGGCUACAACUUGAAUGGUCUGCAGUCAGCACCGCUGUUGCGACCAAAUUGAAGAAGAGCCAUCCCAACUGGAACAGUCCAGCAGUGCGCUCACAGAUGAAGGAGCAGUUGACCACUUUGGCACACUGCCCUUGGCAUGCGGAUGUAGAAGUACAAGCGCAACAUCUGUCUGGCGCGCUCCACAAGACUAUGAAAUCAAGCACGCAGGCACCGCGUGUAGCCAAAAAGCCGUACAUCACAGCAGAGCUUUGGGCAUGGCGCACUCACAAACUCAAACUCAAGCAGAGCAUCUAUGAUCUACAGCGACAGACAAAACGCCAGCUCCUGCGACAGGUCCUACAAUCCUGGAAACAUGGACAGAUUGAACCGGACACAGCGCUUGAAGCUGACCGCUAUGUACGAUCUCAAUGCCGCAAAGUCAAGCUGUUGGCAGAGUAUAAAAACUGCUCCAAAAAGCUCCAGAAGGGUUUGAAGCAGGAGGCCUUUAACCUUGAGGAUGGACAGUUUGCUGGCAUUGCCAUUGAAGAUAUGAAGAAAACUCUGGAGCAUUUGUGUGAUCCUGAGACAUUUCCCUUCAUGGAAGCCCAACGGUCCACCACACAGGCCCCUGAAGACCUGACAGCCUUGGAACAGAGUGUUGCGGGAGAUACCGUGGUCUUCGAGGAAGUCACAGGAAUGAUUGUGGAAUUCCGGCAGGGAGCCUGGUGGAACGUACUCUCAGAGAGGGUGCAGCUUUGGCACAAGUGUUUCGACGCUUUCAUGAGCCAAUGCAGUCCACCCAGCGGCUCAGCCAACUUCUUCCUGGACAUUGCGGCCAAACUCGAGCCUGACCUUUAUGCACGAGAACAGUUGGUCUUGUUGGCCAUUGCACGGGAGCUGCUCUUGCCAUCGCAGGACAAAGGAUCACAUGAAGAACAGCUGGACCAGUUGAAGGUGGGUCUGUUGUUGAUCCUCACCGGCACCACUCCUGACUUGACGGCUGACCUGGAAUUAUCACCGCUGGAAUUUGUGGAUUCCUUCGCCAUGGGCCGUUCACUGCGGAUAGCUUUCUGGCUGCCUUGUGCUGCGCUGCUCCUUCCAUCAGAUCUGUCCUGGGCCUGGGCUGAUGCUGGGCCGCGGCGUCGGAUGGUUGCGGCGACGAGUGCCGGCCUCCUUCCCUGGUUGAGCUCCUGUGCCCGGGCCACGUCCGACUUGCCCAAGCGCGCGCUGAUCACCGGAGCCAACUCGGGCAUCGGCUUGGCCACGGCCAUGGCACUGGCUGAGAAGGGCUGGGAGGUGCUGCCCCUGUGCAGAUCGCCACAGAAGCUGCGCGAAACCCUGGAGGACAUUACGGACCUUUUCCCAGACGCCAAGUUGGACACUUCCGCGGCCCCCUGCGAACUCUCGGACCUGCGUUCGGUGGCCACUUGCGUGCGAAGUCUGGCCACUCGAAACUUGGAUGCCUUGAUCUUCAACGCGGGGAUCGAUGGGGCACCGUUCCAAAAGACGCCACAGGGACAUGAACUGCACUUUGCGGUGAAUCACCUGGGGCACUUCGCAUUGUACCAAGGAUUGAAACUUGGAAUGUUCAAAGUCUGGAAGGGCUCGCUGCGAUCAGAUCAUCGCGUCGUCUCUGUAACCUCAUCGGCGGCGUUGGACGCGCAACUGGAUCUGGCGGAUUUGACGUGGGAGAAGAGGAGCUACGGCCGGCACGAUGCCUACGCGACCUCCAAGAAAUGCAACGUGCUCUUUAGCGACCAGCUUUCGCGACGCCUUCGCGCCGCGGGAACCAUGGGGAGCUCCAACUGCAUUGAUCCAGGGCCAACAGCGACGCAGAUUGUGAGAUAUGCCUACCCGGAGCGCGCCUUACAACGGAAGGACAUGACUCCUGUGCAGCUGGAAAAACAAGCCAGGAUGUUUGGACUGAAGACUCCAAGCCAGGCGGCUCAGGGCCUGGUUUGGCUCAGCGACUCCCCGGACGUACGCCAGGUGCCGGACGGCCAGUGGUGGAGCGGCCCCGCGAGGCUCUUCCCCGUGGUGGAUGUGCCGUGGCGCAACGAGGCAAUGGCGCAGCAGCUCUGGGAGAAGAGCGAGGACCUGUCCUACAAGACCAUCUGCUCCCUAGUGAAGCGCGUCCCCGAGCACGUGAAGGCUUUACCCCUUCAGGGGGAAGGGGCCCUGAUCGACAUCAAAGCGAAGUCUUCCUUCGGUGCCAGUGGCAAGGAUGGUACAGCAGGAUCUGUGCUUUCACCGCAGGGAGGUCCUCGGAGUGAGUUGGUUUCUUUCCUGGAGACUGGCAUCAGUUCGCUGAUCAAUUGCGAUGAGCUAUCGCUGGCUGAUCAAGUGGCAUCAGGUUUCGGCUUCGAAAGCUCGGACCAAAAGCUGGCCAUGACUUUGGCAUCCGUGGCCGGCGGAAAGCACCUGCAAGCCGUCCGGGUCUCUCCACUGGAGCCCAGUGAAGCUGCUGUAGCUGCAGCGGAGUCAGGGGAUGCUGAACCUCUACUGAAGGAACUGGGCUCGCACUGCUCCCCACGCAUCGCCUUGUACUGUCGCAGAUGUAUGAUGUUCUACUUGGUCUCCAGAAGCAUUGAGAUGGACUACCAAGAGGUCAAAAAGGUCGAACCCACCCGGCUGCUCUCGCUACUCCUGAGCCCACAGCCAUACGUGGCUGACUUCGAGCUCUGUAGGAAUCUCAUCACCUGCUUCUCGCGGCCGCUGGAUGCAACCGCAGUGGCUGAGGUGCUGGCGAAUGCUUUUGUGGAAUCGAUGCUGUCGAAUGGCGUCAUGCCAUGGACAGACGAGAAGUUGGACGAAUUCGUGGGGCUGUUGAGUCCGUCGCAGGAGCUCCUAGGCAACGCAGCUUUGUUCUGGAUUCCAAGCUUCAGGAGGGACAUCAAGGUCGACUACGCAUCUCAAAUUGCCCAACAAGUCUUGGACCCGGAGACAGAAGUGGAAGUGCUGGUGAUGGCGUACCAUUCCUACGUGCAGGGAUGUUGUGAGCGAUCCGUGAGUGAGCUACUGGCCUUCCUCCAUUCCCGAGCUGAGCUGUAUGUGAAUCGGGGACACUUUCACCUCUUGGUUCGGCUGUUGGUGGCAAUUCCGGAGUACCAUGCUAUGGAAUACAUGUUCGGCUUGUUGGUCAGACAUGGGCAGUUGCAGCUGCUGCUUUCGGAAGGCAAACGUACCUGGCAGGACGCAGCCUGCAAGACGUAUGGUCAGCAUUCACCAUUGGCAGUGGCAUUGAUCAGGUAUUUGCACGCCCACUUCCCACUUGAUUUGGAGGUUCAAGUCCAAGUACACUGCUGUUUCGGGAUGGAAGCCGAAUUGGCCGAGCUAUUGGAAACAAAGGCCGGGGAAAUCGCAGAGCGCUUAGGUCGCAAGUGGACAGACAUUUGCUCUGAGGAAGGAGAGGAGCAACUGAUCCUGUGCUUAUCUAUGUACUUGCAAUGUGCUCGUCUCUUCUUGAAGGGCAAGCGACAUCAACGCCACCUCAUUGCGAAUGAGCGUGCCACGUUGAUCUGUUUGCAACUGAAGGCGGUGCAAAUUCACCUGGCAGCCUCCUUACAUGAGCAGCAAAAUGCCGCUGCAGCAGGGCAGGAGACAAUGGACUGGGCGGAUGUGCCUGCGGAUGGUCCCGAAGCACUGGCGGACGCCUUGCUGGAUGCCACGGGCCGACAGAAGGGUUGGGCUGAUGCUGUCACAGCUUCCGCAUCCACCGUUGAGGGGAACGACCAAGAUCAAGAUGAGGGUGUCAAGGAGGCGGAAGCACCAGGCAUUGUGGCUAAAGGAUUUGAGGGAAAGAUCACUUCCGAGCCCGCCGCCACACCAAGCCUUUCCCUUGGACCAGCCGGCGACGUUUUCGUAGUGAUCAACCUGAUGCAGAAGGAGGUUGAGGUGUUCGCUGAGUACCACCAAGACUUCAUUGCCACCUUUGAAGUUGUCAGCGCCUAUCGCCACAUCUACGACGGAUUAUCCAAAGUCUGGCCCAAGGCCCUGUAUCGACAGGUGGUUCUGUUGGGGAAUCGCUCCUAUUUGCAACUCUUCCUCGAACACUUGCCACUCACGAAGGACUGGUUGCAUGCCAUCGUCCAGCUCUGCCUGGAUGAGCCAUGCCCUGAACAGUUCCCGGCGCAGAUGAUGCGCAUGAAGCAGUUCCUGAGAGAAGGUGUUCCCAACUUGGAGACGCGGUACCAACUGGCCCGGGAGCUUGGCUCCGGCUUCACGGACAUUGCCAUUGAAACGGCAUCCUCCGUUUACAUGACAUAGCCCACAGCCGACCAGACGAAGGUGGAUGUGAGAGGUGAAGCGCGAACGCAUCGUGAAUCUUGUGAGGUGAAGAUGGUCUCCUUGAGCCUGAUGGAUCCGUACACCCCAGCAGCUCGAGACAAGCUCAAGUUGUUUGUAGCAGCCAGCGAACAGUUGCGAACAUGCUGCUGAAUGGUGGUGCAAAA